AUGACGACGUUUAUGUAUCCAAGCGCUCGCAGAGAUGACACUGUUGUUGAUGAUUAUCAUGGCUGCAAGGUAGCAGACCCAUACAGAUGGUUAGAAGAUCCAUAUUCAGAUGAAACUGUAGAAUUUGUUCAUGCCCAGAACAAAUUGACCGUUCCUUACCUAGAAGGCUGUGAGUGCAGGGAGAAGUUAAAUAAGAGGAUUACAGAACUUUGGAAUUAUCCAAAAUAUGGGUGCCCUCAAAAGCAUGGAGAUAAAUGGUACUACUUUUAUAACUCUGGCCUACAAAACCAAAGUGUCAUGUACGUUCAGUCAUGCCUUGAUGGCCCCAGCGAGGUAUUUUUGGACCCUAACUUGUUAUCAGAAGAGGGCACGACGUCAAUCAGUACCUAUGCAUUUUCGGAAGAUGGGAAAUAUUUGGCAUAUGGUCUCAGCGAAGCUGGGUCUGAUUGGGUUUACAUAAAGAUUAAGAGUACAGAAAGCAAGGAAGACUUUCCAGAGGUGCUGAAACACUGCAAGUUCACUUCACUCUCGUGGACUCAUGAUAAUCUAGGAUUCUUUUACAAUAUAUACCCGACAGAGGACGACGGCAAGUCUGAUGGCACAGAGGUGACCACAAAUCUCAACCAGCAGCUGUGCUACCACAAGAUCGGGACUGACCAGUCAGUGGACGUUGUAUGCGCUAACUGGCCAGAUAAUCCCAAGUGGACUACAGGUGCUACAGUAAGUGAUUGUGGUGGAUACGUAGUUUGCACAAUCCAUGAGGGAUGUGAUCCAGUUAAUAGACUCUACAUAUGCAAACUCUCCGAUAUUGACUACAAGAUUGAAGGGUGUCUGCCUUUCGUUAAGAUUGUCGAUAACUUUGACGCAGAGUAUGAUUACAUAACAAAUGAAGGUAGCUUGUUUACAUUCAAGACAAACUUGAAUGCCCCUCGAUACAAAGUCAUCAACAUUGACAUCAACAAUUAUGACCAGAGUAACUGGAGGAAGCUGAUUGACGAGCAAGAACGUGAUGUUUUACAGUGGGCUUCGUGUGUUGCCGGUAACAAACUCGUUCUAUGCUAUCUGAUUGACGUUAAGAGCGCGCUGUAUGUGCACUGUUUAACAACUGGUGAAAAGCUUGCAACAUUUCCUUUGGAUAUUGGGGAUGUGCAAGGAUUCUCUGGAGAUAAAAGAUACACUGAGAUCUUUUACAAGUUUGUCUCCUUCCUAACUCCCGGCAUAAUAUAUUACUGCAACCUCAAAGACGGUUACGACUGCAAGGUCUUCAAUGAAAUUAAGUUGGAAAGUUUCGACGCCAGUCAGUUUGAAACCAAACAAGUCUUCUAUUCAGCCUCAGAUGAUGCUAAUGUCAAGAUUCCGAUGUUCAUCGUUCAUAGAAAGAACUUGGCACUGGACGGGAGCAAUCCAGUAUUUCUGUACGGUUAUGGAGGUUUCAACAUUUCCAUCUGCCCGACGUUCAGCGUCAGUCGUCUCGUCUUCAUCAGCCAUCUCUCUGGGGUCCUGGCAGUCCCUAACAUCAGAGGGGGAGGUGAGUAUGGUGAAACGUGGCACAAGGCGGGAAUGUUGAAGAACAAGCAGAAUGUUUUCAAUGAUUUUCAAAUGGCCGCUACCUACCUGAUUGACAACAAAUACUGUUCUGCUGAUAGGAUAACGAUAAACGGUGGUAGCAAUGGUGGCUUGCUAGUGGCAGCGUGUGCAAAUCAAAGACCGGAUCUCUUCGGCUGUGCCAUCGCUCAAGUCGGUGUGAUGGACAUGCUACGCUUCCACAAGUUCACCAUAGGACAUGCCUGGACAACUGAUUUUGGUUGCUCUGAUAACAAGGAGGAUUUUCAAACGCUCAUUAAAUACUCGCCCCUACACAACAUCCACCACAAACCCCCUCACCAAUACCCUGCUACCCUCCUCUUGACUGGUGAUCACGAUGAUCGGGUCGUUCCACUCCAUUCCCUCAAGUUCAUCGCUCAGCUGCAGCAUGUCUUUAGAGAUAUUCCUUCUCAGAUGAAGCCUCUCUUCAUAAAAGUUGACGUCAACACUGGGCAUGGAGCUGGAAAGCCGACUCUUAAAACUAUAGAAGAGCUAACUGAAAUCUACUGCUUCAUCAUACUGAACCUCAACCUUAAAUGGGUCGAUUGAAUAAUUCAACUGGAACGCGAACUUAUAACCAAUAUAUACAAUCUAUAUAUUUAUAUAUUUAACAUAUGUUAUAUAUAUAUAGUAUUUAUAUAUACUAUUUUUAUUUCAUUUUUGUUUGAUUUCUUCACUAAUGUUUCCUCUAUAUCUUUCCUAUAUAGGAUAUAUAUACAUAUAUACUUGUGCUUAUUCAUAAUAUCUCUAGUUUGUACCAUCUGCGAUAUAUUAUGUGUUAUAUAUACGAAUAGCUUGUCUGGGUUUAUUAACAAUUUUAGCAUUUGCUUUCUGUAUAUUUUAUAAACGUUUCAUUUACAUGAUUUUAAGUCACGAUUGAAACUACUUAACGCUGUAGAUUAUUAAGUUGUGCAGUCUAUGACCUUUUAACCUUUAACCUUUUUUAUGAUUUGAUAACAUUUCUAUGCACAAACAUUUUUUUGGUUCAAUAUAAACGAUUUUAUUCUUCACGCUAGCUUUUUUGGAGUAUAGUAAAUCCCAUACACUAUGCUAGAGCUUAUAUUGAAAUUGUUGCUAUUGAAAACGCUUCUAGCGGUCUAGAUAUAUAAAAAUGUAUUGAUUCUAUUGUACGUGGUUGAUUUUGUGUGUGUUUGUCUUCUGUGGAAAUAUUUUUGAAUUGUUUUUGAAAAUUUUUCGAAGUAUUUUACCUGUUUGGCGUAGAUGAGGUAGGUGUUUUAUUUAACACGCACAGAUGUAGAGGGAAGCAUCGCCAGUGAAGGAACCGAGAGUUCGGUUGGUGUGAGUUAUUCAAGAUUUACUAGAAGCAUUAAUUUAUUAUUCUCAAUGUUUUGUUUUUAAUGUUUGUUUGUUUUUUUUUUGAAAAAUAGCGGGCUGUUACAUUUCAAAAAUUGUAUGAAUAAUUUGGCUUUUGAGUUUCGUGGGAAAAUGUUUUCAAAAUAAAGAUGUUUUUUAA